AUGGCUAGGUUUUUCUCUUUUGUACUCUGCGCCAUCCUCCUCUCUACCUCCUCUGUCGCUGCCCCCGCCUCUUCGGCCAAGACCUCCAGCUCUACCACAACCACCGUAGUCACCUCUUCGAGCACUGCUAGCAUCGCGUCGGGUACCUCGUCUGCCCCAAAUGCCAGUGAGACCGUACCGCUCGCGAGCGACAACCCGAACAACCCGGAAUGGAAUGUGACGACCAGCGAAGACCCCCAGCCCAUCCGUGGCUCGCUUGGGGCGACGAUUAUGGCGGAGCAGAACAUUCCCCUCCAGCAACAGAACCCCGACCUUCUCGCCCCGCCGACGACAGACAGCGGGAUGCUCCCUGGCGGGAACGCGAAGUGGCCGUUCAGCUUGAGUUCCAAUCGGCUGCAGACCGGCGGCUGGGCGCGUCAACAGAACAUCCACCAGAUGCCCAUUGCAACUUCAAUGGCUGGUGUCGAUAUGCGUCUGGAAGCUGGCGCAAUCCGGGAGCUUCAUUGGCACAAGACUUCCGAGUGGGCGUUUGUACUUAGCGGUUACGUGCAGGUCACGUCUGUUGAUCAACUCGGUCGGAAUUACUUGGACACUGUCGGCCCAGGCGACCUGUGGUACUUUCCCCCCGGGAUCCCCCACAGCCUGCAAGCCACGGACCAGAAUCCGGAUGGCUGCGAAUUCCUCCUCGUCUUCGACAACGGUGACUUUAGCGAAGACUCGACCUUCCAGCUCACAGACUGGCUCGCGCACACCCCGAAAGAGGUGAUUGCGAAGAACUUUGGCACAACCAUCUCCGCAUGGAACAACCUCCCCGGAAAAGAGCUCUACAUCUUCCCCGCUGCACCACCCUCGCCAGAUGCGACUGCAGUCAAAGACCCAGCUGGGCAGGUUCCGAACCCAUUCACGUUCAAGAUGUCGAAUAUGUCUGCCACGCCGCUCGCUGGCGGUUCGGUCAAGAUCGUCGACUCGCGUACAUUCAAGGCGUCAACGACAAUUGCCGUCGCAGAUGUGACCGUCGAACCCGGAGGAAUGCGGGAACUUCACUGGCACCCAACCCAGGACGAGUGGACGUACUACAUCUCCGGUACCGGUCGAGUGACGGAAUUUGCGUCUAGUGGCACUGCACAGACGUUCGACUACGAGGCAGGGGACAUUGGCUUCGUUCCAGCUACAUAUGGACACUAUGUUGAGAACAUUGGAAAUGACACGCUGCACUUCCUUGAGAUCUUCAACACGGACAUCUUCCAAGACGUUAGUCUGCAGCAGUGGCUCUCACUAAUCCCGCCACAGCUCGUUCAAGAGCAUCUAGGAUUAUCAAGCGAGACGAUCUCCCAUUUCAACAAGACGAAACAGGUCGUCGUCGGGCCCUAA